UCCGAGUAUCGACUCUCCAGUGUUAGUCUGUUAGAUCAGCAAAGCUAAUGAGUCAGUGAAACGUAGAAACCUAGUAGACAACGAAAACGCAGGAAACAACCGCAAAAAGAGAGAAUCCUUUUUCGGGGAGAGAAAGAGAGGGGAAUCUUCAUGGAGGAGUACGAGGACGUGUUGUUGAAGUCUCUCCAGAACGCCGGCGUUUCAAUCCCAAGCAACGUUUCGUCGAUCCAAGACUUCACGUCGGCAACCUUGGUCUCGAUCUGUGCUCAGUCUGUUAAUCUCCUCGAUGAAACAGCGUCACUGCCUUCAUCUUUUCCCGACUCCUUGGUCGAUAAAUUCAAGAUCUGUACGGAUAUCGCUUUAGCUAUUAAGCGACUCGGUUACAUUGGAGACAUGACAUACUAUAAGUUCCUGUACCCAUCUGAAGAGGACUUGUUUAAGUUGGUGAGGUUCUUGGUGGAGAGGCUUUCUGAAUCGUCUGUUGGUGUUAAAUUACCUGAUCUGAAGGAUGUAAAUAGCACAAGGAAAAUAAGAGUGGAGGGUUCUACUGAUAAUUCGGAGGACUGGAUGGAGAAAGCUGAUGACAGGGGCUUAGAUCAUCAGCAGGAAAAAUUGAAGAAUCUUAGUCUUCAUAAUAUAGGAUCAGAGUUGUCUGAUUCCAAUGUGGAAGAUACAUCCUUCAACAGGUUAUUGGCUGCGGAAGGGGAGUCAGAAAGAGUUGCAUUUCAGAAAGUGACUCCUGCUAAGGACCAGUCAUCCCAGAUGAGACAUGAGAGUGAAACAUUACAAAAUCAAGAAAAACUUCUCGUGAAGGAGGUGACUGCAAGGACUUCAGAAUUACAGAAACUUCAAGAAGAGUUAGAGAUGUUAAAGGAUGCAGCAGAAAUGGCAUUUGAUGAUCAACAUCCUAUUGAAUUUUAUGUUGAGCAGCUUAACAAGCAAGAUUCCAAAAGGUGUAAUAUUGUGGAAUUGGAGUCAAAAUGGGAUGCUUUCAGAAAGCCUCUGGAGGAGAAAAAGAGAAGCCUAGAGGAGUCUCUUUAUGCAGACAUACCAGAGGCUCAAGAGAAGCUACUCAAGUUGAGGGAAGUUGAGCUGGAGAAGCAGGCCAUCUUGUCCAAAGUUAGGAGGCUGGAGGAGGAACAUUCAAAACUUUGUGUGGAUUUUGGGAAGCAACCUAAACUGCCAACUAGAACAUCCUAUAUAGAGCGGAUAAAGGAGAUUACUAAAAACAGUCGAAAACAGGAUGCCGACAUAGAGCGGAUUUUAAAAGAAACCAGAGAGCUUCAGCUAGAAAGCAACUCUAUACGAGAAUGCCUUGAUAGAACAUAUGCUGUUCUGGAUGAAAUAGUAUUCAGGGAAGCAAAGAAAGACCCAGUAGGGCGCCAAGCGUACAGGCUUCUCACUAGCAUACACGAGUGCUUUGAACAAAUUUCUGAGAAAAUCCUCAUGACUGACAGAAUACGAAGAGAAAUGGCUGAAUGUGAAAAGAAGCUAUCAGCUAUGGCUUUCCGAAGCUUAAAUGUAGAUAAACUGCAAGCCGAUCUUGAUGCCAUAACAAAAGAAAACAAGUACCUUGAGCAACAACUUGGAGAUGAUUAAGGGCCAUAACUCAUUCUUGUGACUAUAAAAUGCCGGUUGUUGUUCCAUAGCAUAACUUGAUUGUAAUUUUUUCUGGGAAAUUUACAUUUACACGUAAAAUUCUUACGUUCACUUUAUCAAGUGAGAGCAAUGAAAUGUUGGUUUGCGGGCAA